AUGUCGUCCAAUCAAUUCACCGUGGCGUCGCCGCCAACAGACGCCAUCUCCGCCUUGAAGUUCUCGCCCGAUCCCGACUCAACGCGGAUCGUGGUGUCCUCGUGGGACAAGAACGUGUAUCUAUAUGACUUGCGCGAUGAGAAUGGCACGGUGGGCGAGGGGAAGCUUCUCCAGAAGUUUGAGCACCAAGCACCCGUGCUGGACGUCUGUUUUGGCGAGACCGAGAACGAGAUCUAUACCGCUGGAUUAGACUGGGAUGUGCGGAAGAUUGAUGUGAACACAUCAACACAGACAGUGCUCAGCAGCCACGAAGCUGGCGUGCGCAGCGUCGUCUACAGCCGUGAGCACAACAUCAUCAUCUCCGGCUCCUGGGACUCGACACUGCACAUCCACCGACCAGACGCCGGCUCAAACCCCGACUCUCUGCCGGCCACCAUUCCCCUCCCCUCGAAACCAUUCUCGCUGUCCCUCACCGCAACGAAGCUGGUGGUCGCCAUGGCGUCGCGCGCCCUGCACAUCUACGAUCUGAAGGCCCUGGCCUUGCUGACAGCGCAAGCGGACGGCACCACAAACAACAACCGGGUUGAGGUGGAGCCGUGGCAGCGCCGCGAGAGCAGUCUCAAGUUCAUGACGCGCUGUGUCGCGUGCAUGCCCGACGACGCCGGGUACGCCUCAUCCAGCAUUGAAGGCCGUGUUGCGGUCGAGUGGUUCGAUCCGUCGCCCGAGUCGCAGGCUCGGAAGUACGCUUUCAAGUGUCAUCGUCAGACGGCUGAGGAUAAUGUCGACGUCGUGUAUCCGGUCAACGCGCUCGCUUUCCACCCCGUGUUUGGAACCUUUGCGUCCGGCGGCGGGGAUGGUGUUGUCGCCCUGUGGGAUGGUAUCUCCAAGCGCCGCAUCCGCCAGUACCAGAAGUAUUCGUCCAGCGUCGCUGCGGUUGCGUUCAGUGGCAAUGGCAAGUAUCUGGCGAUUGGUGUCAGUCCCGGGUUCGAAGAUGGCAAGGACGAUGUGCCGGAGGGAGUCGUGAAGAUCUUUGUGCGCGAGCUGGGAGAGACAGAGGCCAAGGGUAAAGGCGCGAAAUAG